UCAGCUCACUGGGCCUUCGUGCGAUGGAAACGUGUCACACGGCCUGGUUCGAUGACGGCGACCUUUCAGAGAACGGCGACUCCGAGCUCCUGGCGGACUUGAGAAGGAACCACGAGGACAGAAUCUGCUCCGAGCCGCUGGACAUGACGGCUCAAACCGUCGCUGGAAUCCAAUCUCAGCUCACCAAGAACGUCUUUCACACCCACAGUGCAUCAGACGGUCUUUCCUGCCUCAACGCGGAGCAGGAGACAGAAGGUCCGUGUGCGGACUACAAGGUCCAGUUCACCUGCGCAGGAGAGUUCUGCUCAUCGUGUCGGACGAACUGGUUCGAUCAGGACGACCCGGACGGGAAUGGAGACUUUGAGAACCUCAGUGAUCUCCUCCAGAGGAACUCGGGUCAGAUCUGUCCUCGUCCCAUCGCCAUCGAAGUUCAGACCGUCUCGGGAGACCCGGCCUGGAGUACCUCUGAGACGUUUCUGAGCCUGGACACCACCUAUGGAUUUGCGUGUGUCAACGCCCGCCAGAACGACAGCAGCUGUGAGGACUACAAGGUCCGCUUUACCUGUCCUGAAGACUUCUGUCAAGUGUCCCAGGAGUGUCGUACCCAGUGGUUCAACUGCGACGACCCGUCGGACGACGGCGACGUGGAGUCCAUACAUCGACUCCUCAAGUCCUACCCGGGCCAGGUCUGCAGAAACCCGCUCCAAAUUGAGGCCAGGACAACGAGUGGACUGUCUUCCGAGCUCACGGCGGACAUCUUCCUCACCCAUGACGUGACUUUCGGCUUGGCGUGCAUCAACAACCAGCAGCAGCGUCAACAGUGCGAGGACUAUGAAGUCAUGCUGGUCUGUCCCUCGGACUUCUGUCACGGUUGCAGGACACGCUGGUUCGACCUGGAUGAUCCCACCAGGGAGGGCGACUACGAGACGCUCCUGCAGCUGCUCAGAGUUUACCCCCAGGAGGUCUGCUCUCAGCCUGUAGCCGUGGAAGCCAUGACAGUGUCUGGCAUCCCCGCAAACCUCACUGGCGACGUCUUCCACAUGUACGACGCUAGCGUGGGUUUUGCGUGUGUGAACGACGGGCAGCCGAGUGGCAAACGUUGCCAUGACUACAAGGUGAGAUUCACCUGCCUGCCUGCCUUCUGCUCUGCAUGAAACAUCUGCAAUGUUAC